UUGUAUGUUGACUUAGCAAUCAAAUGAUUGUUCCCAAACUCUGCUCUCAUUUGAUCAAAGUACCACUGUUUGUGUAUGAGCAGUGUUGUGAUGUGAAUAUAUUUGCAGAUGGCGACAGUUGCAGUAGAUAGCAGCCAAGAACCAGCGCCAGAUUGCAGCAAUGCAUUCGCUCCAACCGAUAAUGACUUCAGCCAACAACAUUAUUUAAUCCCCGGCUACAAUCUAAUAUUCAUCAAAGAAGAAGAUUCCCAAGAUGGAGAAGACAUUUCAGAAGAAGUUGACUUUGGCGCAGUGAAGAGUGAAGCAGAGAUGUGGCCUUCUAUCAGCGGCACUGCCAAUGCAACAGAAGUGGGUGGACUGGAUGCACAUUCAAUCUCUCCAGUGGAAAAGUGCACUGAGCCAACUGUGGCUGGCAAAGAGACCAAGCUCUACAGCUGUGCCGACUGCAGCUAUGAAACACGGAUUGCUGCUUUGAAGAGCCACAUUAGAACACACACUGGGGAAACACCAUUUAGUUUGUAAUUUCUGUGACUACAAAUGUGCUACUUUAGGUAAUUUGAAGAGGCACAUAGGAACACACACUGGGGAAAAACCAUUCAGUUGCGAAUUUUGUGACUAUAAAUGUAGUCAGAAAAAUCACUUGAAAUUACAUCUCAGAACACAUACAUAUGAAAAACCAUUUAGUUGUAACUUUUGUGAUUACAAAUGUGCUGAUUCAGCUAAUUUGAAGAAACAUAUCAGAACACAUACUGGUGAAAAACCAUUUAGUUGCGAAUUUUGUGAAUACAAAUGUGCUACUUUAGGUAAUUUGAAGACGCACAUGAGAAGAAUACACACUGGUGAAAAACCAUUUAGUUGCGAAUUUUGUGACUACAAAUCUGCUCAAUCAGGUGAUUUGAAGAGACAUAUCAGACUGAAACACACUGGGGAAAAAGCCUGUGAAGAAAUAAUUCUGAGAUAAAUGUUACUUGAUGUGCUAAUUCAUGUACUUAUAAGGCACAUUAUAUUAGAACGCACAGCACACCGUU